UGUUUGUGCCGAACCUUAUCGUGGACUUCUGGACGCUUUCGAUGGACACGCUGCUCGAGUCCUUAAUCAAGGGACCCGAUUUGGGGCCAUGCUGGACAUGCUGACGGACCGCUGCUCCACAAUGUGUCUGCUGGUCAACCUGGCCCUGCUGUACCCUCGCGCCACCCUUCUCUUCCAGCUCAGCAUGAGCUUGGAUGUGGCCAGCCACUGGCUACACCUCCACAGUUCUGUGGUCCGAGGCAGUGAAAGUCACAAGAUGAUUGACCUGUCUGGAAAUCCAGUGCGUCGCAUCUACUACACCUCCAGACCUGCUCUGUUUACCCUGUGUGCUGGAAAUGAGCUCUUCUACUGCCUCCUCUACCUGUUCAAUUUCUCCGAGGGACCUUUAGUUGGCUCUGUGGGUCUUUCCCGAAUGGGCCUCUGGAUCACCGCCCCUGUCGCCUUGCUCAAGUCCCUCAUCAGUGUCAUCCACCUGAUCACAGCUGCCCGCAACAUGGCUGCCCUGGACGCAGCAGAUCGUGCCAAGAAGAAGUGACCCUGGAACCUCCAGCCCCUGGCUGCCCACCUGCCAUGCAGCUCCCCUGUCCCUCCUAGGAGGUCCCAGGCUCACGUCUUCCCAAUGUGUUGUCCAACCUGCUAGGAAGAGGGCCAGCCUCUUUGGUGAUGUAAUCCUGGGGACCAGUCUCACCCCUGUGAUCUCCAGGGACCUGGACUUCAAAUCAGGAAGGAUGCUCAGGAGGCCCCACCCACACAGGCAGUGCUCCUGGGGCCCCAAGAGAGCUGUCAGAGGACUGGACACGGUCAUACCCAGUGGCUCAGCCUUAGCUUUUGGUCUGAGACCUUAGGGACACUUGAGUGAGGGAGGUGGGGUAAGGGCCAGGUUUUCCAAAAGGCGGAGAUUCAGGCCUCUGCCCCUGGCUAGACGAAGCCUGUGGGUACCAUGGCCGGGAGAGAAGGGGCCGUUGAGAUCCCCGUUGCAGUCUCCGCUGUCCUGUCUGUCCUGGCUCUGAAAGCCUUGAUAAUAAAGGCGGGAGUGCCACUGUCCUGGACUCGGUUUCCUUUGAGAUAGUCUUGGACUGGGGCCUGGGUUGAGGAGAGCUUGGAGGGACCACUUUCUGCCCAGUGGUUUACUUGCUGCCACGUUCCUGUCAUUCCUCAGUGAACUCAGAGCCCCUCCCUGCCAUCCAAGCGCAUUGCAGGUCCUCUGCUCACCUGCUGUAUUUUCUUUACAACAUUGUCACUGGCUGUCUACAUUUACUUGUGUACCUGAUAUUUU